UGUUCAAAAUACUGAAGAAGAAAUAAAGAAAUAAAUAAAAGAACGAAGUAACCCUCCCUUUCUGUACUCUAGACGGGCACUUCACAUUCCAAGCAGCCAUCACUGUAACUUUCGGCUACCUUGUCUUCUCCUCGUUUUGAGCCCAGGAUUUUUAGAGAAAUGGCUGCCAGUUUCAUUUCUAAAUGCUCUCGUGGGGACUGUUCAUUGCUCAGGGGCCUUGGUACCAAUGUUUCUAAUUUACUGGGCACGGCCACUCAAAUGACAUGGAGCAAUUUCUUAUCUCAGCAUCAAAGAACUUUUAUACAGAUGAGGACUGUUCUCAAGGUUGUGGAUAACUCAGGAGCAAAAAAGGUGAUGUGCAUACAACCUUUGAAGGGGAGGAAAGGGGCAAGGUUGGGGGACACCAUCAUUGCCUCUGUAAAGGAAGCUGCUCCAAAUGGUAAAGUGAAGAAAGGCGCGGUUGUGCGAGGUGUAGUAGUGCGUGCUGCAAUGCAGCGUGGCCGUUGUGAUGGGAGUGAGGUCAAGUUCGAUGAUAAUGCAGUAGUGAUUAUUGACAAGCAAGGCCAGCCAGUGGGGAGCAGGGUUUUUGGGCCAGUUCCACAUGAGCUGAGGAAGAAAAAGCAUGUCAAGAUCCUUGCUCUGGCAGAGCAUAUUGCCUGAGGUAUGGAUUACUUUGGUUUCUAUGUUCUAGACGUCUGGUAGAAUUUUGCAUUUAAGAAAAAAGGAAAAUGGGUAGAGUUUUUAAAAGAGAACAAAAUUGUUCUUUACUUUCUUGGAGAAUAUUAUAGCAUCCAAUGCUGAGCAACUAGUUAUCGCAGCAGAAGUCAUUGUUUUGCCCCUGGAUUUAUAUCGGUCCUGCUUUUAUUUUGCAUUA